AUGGCUACGUUCCUCAAGGUAUUCCUCAGUGUAGGGACUCUGGCGACUACUUUGCUCCCAUACGUCAACGCAGCUGUUACUGUCAACAGCACACUCUUAAUUCUCGCUCGAGAUAAGAAUGCCACGCUACCCGGAACUCUUGUACUGCAAGGCUACAGCAUACCCUACCAGGUUGUCGACCUCUCGCUGUCCGCAGCAGGAAUUCCGCAAUUGAACUCUACACCAGAUGCCGGAAACUUUGGUGGUAUUGUUGCUGUGAGCGCUCGAGACUACAAAAAUGGGGACGACUGGAAAACCAUACUGAACGAGAAACAAUGGCAAGAAAUAUACAAAUACCAGGAAGCGUUCGGGGUACGAUUGGUGCGGCUGAAUGCAUGGCCAAGCGCAGAUUUCGGCGUACAGAGCUCUGGUGGCGUUAUUACUGUAGACCAGCCUAUUGCCGUUACGGAUACGAGUAGCUUUACCACUGCAAACCUGAGAGCGAAUGCUCAGACGAGCACUCUCAACCUGACGAAGUACCCCGCAAAGAUUACGAACACCUCGCUUGCAACAGAGAUUGCGCAGUUCAGCAGUGGUAGCUCAAAGACAACAGCCGCUGUAAACAACAGGUUUCCUAGUGGACGUGAGCAGCAAGUUUGGUUCUCGGCCUUUGACCCCAACUUGACGUCAUCCACAUUGUUGUCGCACGCUUGGAUCCACUGGAUUACCAGGGGACUGUUCAUGGGCUAUCGACGCGUAUACUUGAACACGCAAGUCGACGAUGUGUUUGUGGAGACCGAGCUAUAUCAGACGAACAAGCCAUAUCGCAUUCUUCCUGCAGACUUCCAGGAGCACGUCGCUUGGACGAAGGAAUUGAAUUCAAAGCUUCCGGCCGGAUCAAACUACAUCAUAGAGCUUGGACACAAUGGCAACGGGAAUAUUGAAGCGGCGGUUGAAAGUGACUACAACAACGAGCCUGCGCAAUGCGAUCCUCAGGAAGGUGUUGAAUACGAGACCCAAAUCGACGGACCUCCGGAGUAUGUGAAACCAAUCGGAACCGGCAAGGAUUUGUGGAACAAGAAGUUCAAAAGCUAUUCUUGGUCACUCAAAUGCUCGCAGUUGGAUCCCUUAGAGGUCUACUUCGCGAACAAAACUAACAUGCACUCGUUCUUUCAUGUGUCGCACACAUUCACCCACGAGGAUGAAACCAACGCAACAUACGCUGAUGUGACGAAAGAAAUAUCCUGGAAUCAAGCUUGGUUCAAGGCAAUCGGGUUUACUGACUCUGAAUCCAAACCUUACUUUUCUAACAUGGGCCUCAUACCGCCCGGCAUCACUGGUCUGCACAACGGCGACGCACUGCGCGCCUGGAGUGAGUACGGGAUACGAUAUGCAGUCGGCGAUAAUUCUCGACCUAUUCUCAUGAAUGUUCCAAGCCGCAAAUCGGAGUAUCAUCCAGUGAUAAGUAAUGUCAAGGAAAACGGAUACGACGGCAUCUACAUCGUCGGUCGAUAUGGUUCUUCGAUAUAUUACAAUUGCGACACCCCAAGCUGUGUAAACAGUGAGUGGAAAGCAAUUGCAGGCGGAUCGGGCGACUUUAAUGCGCAACUGGAGUAUGAAAAGACUGUCAAUACCAAGUAUCUGCUUGGGUUGCGCUGGGAUCCGUACAUGUUCCACCAAGCCAACCUUCGUGUGAGCGAUACCAAGGCCACUACGCUGCUGGGGAAAAACAAGAAGUGGAGUCUGCUAAUGGCUUGGACUGAAGCUGUUGUUUACGAGUUUGCAAGGCUCGUUGAAUGGCCUGUGAUCACGCUCAAGCACGAUGACACGGCGAAAGCUAUCAUUGCUAGAAAGCUGCGUGACGAGUGCCGGCCAAGUCUCGUAUAUCGACUCUCCAGCGAUAGGAAAUCGAUCACUGGCAUAUCACUGAGCACCUUACAACCAGAAUGCAUUAAUGACAUCCCUGUAACGGUUCCCACUGAUGUCAAGGACUCAGCAGAUGCCAACAGGGAGCAGAGGGGCAAGGACCCGCUAACGCUUUGGAUCACUGCUGGUAUCAACAGCCCCAGGUUGUUCGACUUGUCUACUGCAUUGAAAUUUUGA